GGUUACCUCCUCGCCAACUAGGUGGUGAUAGUAACGAUCAUAUGUUAAAAAUAGAUAAAACACACGGUGAGGUUAAGUGACUACAGGAAAAGUGUGUUAAUUACGUUAAUCAUGAAUUUUUUGGCUAGAAGUAUAAUUAACAUAACGAGAAUUUGUACAGAAAAUUUUAUCCAAGGUCACAAUCUAACGAAGCUUUGUGGGAAUAACUACAGCCAAGAAAACAUACUGAAUGCCACGAGAGCAUGUAUGAACACAGCGUUGCAAGGAUUGGGACAGAUCAGAUUCGGUAGCUCGUUAUGGCAAAUACAUAGGAGAGGUGGACCAUACAGAAAACCUAGAUCUUCAAAGAAUCCUUUCAAUGGCCAACCAUUUAUGAAGGGCGUAAUCUUAAAAACCGUUAUUAAAAAACCGAAGAAGCCUAACUCCGCGAAUCGAAAAUGCGUCGUUGUGAGAUUAUCAAAUGGUAGAGAAAUGACGGCGUAUGUUCCCGGAAUAGGCCACAAUCUACAGGAACACAAUAUAGUGCUUUGCAAGAAUGGACGACUACGAGAUACACCUGGUGUUAAGAUAAAAUGUGUGCGUGGAAAGUACGAUUUGCCACAUGUAUCUAAAUGAUCUCUUGAUUUCAUAAUUAUUAAUUAUUAUUAAUACUGUGUCUGAUUAUGUCUGACAGAAUUGAUGUAAUUUCUGUAAAAAAGAGAUCAGCUGUACAAUUGUCUAUGCUUUUGUUAAUUAUGUAUAAUUUGUAUCGAUAAAGAGCCAAGAAUAAUAACUAGUUCCUAAUUUUCAAAAUA